AUGGAAAACCCGCUGAGCUCAAACCGUCCUAUCCGUGUGGUUAUCAUCGGGGCCGGAGCUAGUGGCCUGCUGAUGGCUUACAAGCUGCAACGAAAUUUUGAUGACCUUGAGUUUCAAAUCUAUGAAAAGAACCCCGAUGUUGGUGGAACAUGGUAUGAAAACAGAUAUCCUGGAUGCGCCUGUGAUGUUCCGUCCCACACCUAUGUCUGGUCGUUUGAUCCCCAUCCUACAUGGUCUAGCACAUACGCCUCUUCCAAGGAGAUAUUCGACUAUUUCAAACGGUUCCAAUUUCGCUUUAAUCUCAGCGAGAAAACAAAAGUUGGACAUCAAGUAAUUGGAGCAAAGUGGAACGAGUCGUCCGCCAAAUGGAAUAUUGAUAUCAAAAACAAUGCAGAGAACUCUGUAGUUCAUGAUUCAUGCGAUGUUUUGGUCAACGCGGGUGGUAUCCUCAAUACUUGGAGGUGGCCAGCCAUACCUGGACUUCACGACUUCAAAGGAAAGCUUGUACACAGUGCGGCGUGGGAUGAGACUCUCGAUUUGACGAAUAAGCAUGUGGGAUUGAUUGGAAAUGGAUCAUCUGGGAUACAAAUUCUUCCGGCUAUCCUGCCGCAUAUUUCCAAAUGUACGACUUUUAUUAGAGAGCCUUCUUGGAUAGCGAUGGCUGGCUUUGCCGGUUUCCAGCCACGAAACUUCACUAGGGAAGAAAAGGCGAAGUUUGCGAAUGACCCAAAUGCACACAAAGCAUUCCGGCACUGGUUGGAGCAUAAUGCCAACAAGAUAUUCCCUCUCUUCCUUGCGUCUUCACCGCAACAGACCAGUGCUCAUGCGAACUUCAAGUCUUCCAUGGAGACUGCACUGCAAGAUCCAAAUUUGGCAGAGAAACUUAUUCCAAACUGGGCUGUUGGCUGCCGAAGACUAACUCCUGGGACUGGAUAUCUGAAGUCUCUCACAGACCAGAAGACACAGGUGGUCUAUGGUGAUAUUGCAAAGAUCUCGCAACACGGUUGCGUGACUAGUGAUGGCAAAGAGUACCCCGUGGAUGUCCUUAUCUGUGCGACUGGAUUUGACACAACAUUCAAGCCACGCUUUCCCUUGGUUGGCCCACAUGGACGCCAAUUGUCUGAUGACUGGAAGGAUGAGCCACGAGGUUAUUUCGGCGUUGCAGCAUCAGGAUACCCUAAUUACUACAUGUUCCUGGGACCUAAUAGUCCAAUAGGUAAUGGUCCAGUUCUAUCGGGAAUUGAGGCACAAGCGGACUUCAUCUGCAAACACAUCACCCGCAUUCAACAACAAGGAAUCAAAUCAAUCGAAAUAACCAAGGAAGCAGUAGACGAUUUCAUCGCGUUCAAAGAUGAAUACAUGAAGCACACAGUGUGGCACGAAGAUUGUCGAUCCUGGUACAAGGGAAACAGCGUCGAUGGCAAGAUAGUGGCCCUGUGGCCCGGCAGUACAUUGCACUUUAUGGAAGCCCUGGACGAAGUUCGAUGGGAUGAUUUCCACGUGAAAUACUUUGGCAAUCGGUUCAACUAUUUUGGAAAUGGCCUGACAAAGAUUGAGAUGACACCGGAUGCAGAUUUGGCCAGUUAUAUUCGGAAAUCUGAUGACGCUGAGAUCAUUGGGUCUAAGUUUACUUACGUGAAGAUUGGCCCUGAGUGCUCAGAAGAAUGGGAUACGACUUCAUUGGCUGGCACGAAGGCGAAUCUUUAG